UUUUGCAGGUCCCAUUUUAUGCGGCAGCUCAACUAACGGGAGCAAUUUCAUCUGCAAUGACAUUGAGAGUAUUAUUGUACCCAAUUAAACAAAUUGGCACUACAUCGCCUUCAGGACCAGACCUCCAAGCUCUGAUCAUGGAAAUAGUCGUAACAUUUUCUAUGAUGUUCGUUACUUCGGCUGUUGCAACCGAUACCAGAGCUACAGGAGAGCUAGCAGGUGUUGCAGUUGGUUCAGCAGUCUGCAUAACAGCUAUCUUAGCAGGGCCAGUAUCGGGUGGAUCGAUGAACCCGGCAAGGACAUUGGGACCAGCAAUUGCUAGCUCAUACUACAAGAGCAUUUGGGUGUAUGUGCUUGGCCCAGUCACAGGAGCACUUAUGGGAGCAUGGUGUUACAGCAUUAUUCGAGAGACUGAUAAGUCAGUUAAAACACCUUCAUUGUCAUUCAAACUUCGCAGAAUGAACAGCGGUGACACUGAUGGACAGCUUACAAACAAAGACCCUCUUAACGUUCUGUGAAAGAAUUGACUUUAAAAAGUAGAGGACAUUGUCACUCACCUGCAUGCUGCGUUUGAAUUUGUCCACAACAAUUCUGUGUAUUGUGUAUGGCUCUUGUGAUAUACUGUAACAAGUACCAACCAGCUGUUUUCGAACCUUUUCUUUAAAAUUCAAAGUGUAUGUUCCCGCCCAAAUCUCAGCAAUCACUUGUCCUGAAACAGUUAACUAGUAU